UUUUUGGAACUAAACUCGACCAGGAAGGAUGAUGCUUCAGGCGAUACUCCUCCAGCUACUGAGCGCUACGGUGAUCUUAGGAGCACCAAUAGAAAGGAUUCCAAAUGAAGCUAAAGUUGGAAGCAAGGAUGCUAAAACGUCCAAUGACAGGCAAGAGCGGUUUUUGUUUCCUAUGAUUAUAUACGAUAAUGGAAAAGGAAAAAGUAAUCUACUUCCGCUGAAGGCGCAUGCUGGAAGACGAGACGCUGAAGGAGAAAACUUAGAAAUGCAAUUCCCAAUGGGUGAAUCGGCGCACUCCAAGAUUAAUCCAGCCAUGCCUUCAAACAUAUUUCAGCCGCUAAAUGGUCUAUCAAACAAUUUCCUGCCUUCUUUAGCAACUUUACCCGGAUUAGGUGGCUUAAGUGGACUUCCGGGUUUUGGAGGUUUAGGACUUAGGGGUUUAGGUGGACUUGGGGGUUUAAAUACCGGAGGAAUAUUCCCAUUUUUCCCGUCACUGAAUGGAGUAACCUUUAAUGAUAUUAUCCCAGGCUUACAGAAUCUGAUUGACCUUUAUCCAUCGAUAACCUCAUCAUCCCCAUUCUUUAAUGUGUUGAAUAAAACUAGAGGAUUAGGUCAACCCGGUCAAGGUGUGUACCUCUUUACACCGCUUACUGGUCUCGUGUCAAUCAACGGGAUUUUGAAUAAAACAAAGCAAGGACGAGAUGAAACGAACGGCCCGGAUUCUGCUCAAGAGUUUCUGGAUACUUUGCAAAAAAUCUAUGGGAUAAGUUUGCUCCAACAAAAUGCUCUUAGUAGACAAUCUGCCUCUUCUCAAUUGCUGUCCAAUUCCUUUCUCGAACCAAACUUGCAAUCACUUAUGCAGCCGAAUCUUGAAUCGUAUUUUCAAUCAAUGUAUCUUCCAUCUAAUUCUUUCUCAAAUGAAUUCACCAAUCCUUUUUUCAACGCACAAAGUCCACUUCAAACUGCUGGUCUCCAACUUCCUAAUAUUCCAUCAAAUCCGUUAACCAACUCGGCACUUCAGACCCUACAACAAGAAUUAUUUAACGCAGUAAGUUCUCAGUCUGGACAACUGGAAACUACGACUGUCAAAAAUCAGGAUGAAACGCCCCAAACUACUUUGAAAAUAGAUUCAAAUCACCCUCCCGCAACCGAAAAUAUGAAACAAAAUGUCGAAUCCUCCCCCAUCAGCAGCAGUAAAUUCCAAUUAAAAUCAAAAGAAAAAACAGAUCAGCAGUCAUCUAGGAUCCCGAAUCCAAGCCAAGAAGGCAGCGGAUCUGAUCCAGCGUCCAAAAAAAAUCGGUAUCAAUCCCAGGAGACCGCCACUCCCUUACCGCUCCAGGAGCGCGAGAACUCCAAGUUCAACUCCAAAUCGACGGCCUCCAGAGGGGAUGACGAAACACCUCUUCGACAUCGCGGCGCGGCGCUGCCUAACCCAGUCUCUGGUCCCGCCACAGUCCAGCAACGGGAUACUCCCUCAGUCUUAUCCAUCAGACUCCAGAGAAACAUUUAAAACUCCGUCGAUAAUAAAAUAAUUUCAGGCUAACAUUGUAAGAAUUUUGAGGCAUGUUAAGAACUGGCUUAAUUUGUGAGAAUAUUUCUUAAUAAAAUAAUAUACUGAUCCAAAUUGUGAGAUUUGUGGGAAUUUUGCUGUAAAAAAUCGACUUCAUUUAUGUUAUUCAGAUCUUCUUUUCAGCAUUAGUCUAGAUUUAUCCUGUUCUAUUUAGGAUUUUUAAUUACUGUGCAUUAGAUGUUUUUCUUCAGUUUUGAAGAUAAUUAUCAAUUCAGUUGGUCAUCUAUAUCACUUUAACAUGCUAUCCUUAACACUUUACCAGAUAUUUUUUGCACUGAAAGUACCAUUUUAUUACAGUUCGUGAUGAUCGUGCUGAUCAUCAUGACUUAUGCGGCAUUGACGUAGCGCUGAGGAAAUUAUUGUCACGUGGAAGAAUGGAAGUAAAAAUCGAAUUCCUUUGAUCACAAUAUGUACUUCAAUUCGAAAAGUAUUUUAUCACUAUCAUAGAAAAGGAUAAAACUUGAAAGCAAUUGUUGAGAAUACAAGAGGUUCAAGUUUCCAGCCUUUAAAGCAGUUUUCAUUAACUAAUUACUUUAACAACGUAAUUGUAUAUUGAAUGUACUGUGAACAAUAAACCCUUGUCAAUUUAAAAAAUAAAAAUUAAAAUACAAAACAUCAUGAGAUAAAGUAGCCAUAAAAUUAUAGCUCUGAAAUCUUGACUUCCUGGAAGAAAAUGGCGAUGCCCAAAACUAAUGAUUGAAGUGCGUCGAAUUUACUGUUGGGAAACAAAUUUUAUCUCUUUUAGAAAUGGUUCUUGAGAACAUUGACCAUCAAACAGAAUAAUCUCAGACUACAAAUUACAAUAAAAAAGGAACAUCUGUACUUUGAGGACUUCGAGAACAAUAAAUUGUUUUUAAUUGAAAAUG